AUGACCUCCAGUACAGACAUGAAGGCAGGCUCUGUGUUGCAGUCCAGCGGCGAGGAACGACGACGGGGUCCCCUGGAUCAGCUUCCACCGCCGGCCAAUUCCAACAAGCCGCUCACCCCGUUUAGCAUUGAGGAUAUUUUAAACAAGCCCUCCAUAAAGAAGUCCGUAGCCACCCUCUGUCCGCCGAGGGUUCUGGACAAAGUUUCCAGCUCAAAUGCAGCGAGGAACGGUAUUACCACUCCGUCUUCCCCUCUCUGCGCUCUAGAGGAACUCGCCAGCAAAACUUUUAAGGGUCUGGAAGUCAGCGUAAUCCAAGCAGCCGAAGGUCGCGAGCAUCUGAACACGUUUGGUCAGCGGCAGGCCUCUAAAAAGAGGAGGAAGUCCCGCACCGCUUUCACGAACCAUCAAAUAUAUGAACUCGAGAAACGCUUUUUGUACCAGAAAUACUUGUCGCCGGCAGACAGAGAUCAGAUAGCGCAACAGCUGGGCCUCACGAACGCCCAGGUUAUCACCUGGUUCCAGAACAGACGAGCCAAACUCAAGAGAGACUUGGAGGAGAUGAAAGCGGACGUCGAGUCGUUGAAGAAAAUCCCCCCGCAGACGCUUCAGAAGCUGGUAAACAUGGAUGACAUUGACGACCCCCAGGGAAGUUCGGGGGCUAUAUCUCCCAGCAUUUCUCCUUCCUCGCAAGGGCACGGAGUCUUCCCCCAGUCGCCCGCCUCAUCUAGAGACCAAACCACGGACGAGUUCUCAGAGGAAGACGAAGAAAUUGAGGUGGACGAUUGA